CAAAACUCUUUACAGUCACCCCCUCCUCACUGCGAGCUACGGCGCACGUCGCCUCCGCUCCACCGGAUGGCUAGUGGUUUGAUCUCCUGAAAAGCCCCAACUCUCUCGUCAAAAGUGGUUCAGUUGUUGUUGUUGAAUAGUUGAGCGACUCUGCGGGUCGUUGCCCCCGGUGGACCUAUGUGUUUAUGUUUGGACGCACGGCGGUGGGACAUCCGGAAUGGGGAACCCAUAGGAGGGGACGACGCUCGCUGGUGUGCCGCUGUCGGUAGAUAGAGCGCGAGCGCACAGACGCGUUGCGCGCGCGCGCGCGCGACCUACGCACGAGAUGGACUUGAAGAAGACUAAAUUUGGAAGGUUCAUGAAUUGCAGGGUGCCAGCCAGUAAGAGAUAUCAGCCCACUGAAUAUGAACAUGCUGCAAACUGUGCCACACAUGGGUUGUGGAUCCUCCCUAGUCUGGUGGGCGGGUCAGUGCUCUACUUCUUGUCUGUGGACCAAUGGCAUCGCGUUGCUGCCUGGCUCUAUGGGAGCGGUCUCACUGGCCUGUUCGUCACCUCUACUCUCUUCCACACUGCUGCUUGGAAAAUCAGCCAUCUCCGGAAGGUGGAGCAGCGUUUCCACAUGUGUGACAGAAUGGCCAUCUACUUCUUCAUCGCUGCCUCCUACUCUCCCUGGCUGAUACUGAGGGAGCUGGGGCCCUGGACGUGCCACAUGCGCUGGCUGAUCUGGGUCAUGGCUUGUAUAGGAUCCACGUAUGUCUUCUUUUUCCACGAGAGGUACAAACUGGUAGAGCUGGCGGGAUAUGUGUCCAUGGGGGCUGUUCCUGCUUUGGUCAUCUUGUCCAUGGUGGAGCGCGCAGGUGUGCGUGAACUGGCAGUGGGAGGUGUCUUCUAUGUGGUGGGCGUGGUCUUCUUUAAGAGUGAUGGCCUCGUGCCUUUCGCCCACGCCAUCUGGCAUCUUUUUGUUGCAGCUGGAGCCGCCAUUCAUUAUUACGCCAUCUGGAGAUACCUGUACUUACCUGGGCAGCUGCUGCAAACAGCGAGGUGACAAGCCGGUCUCACCUGAGAUCACAUGGUUACACACCAAGUGACAUGACCAAGUCACUUUAGUGUAUUUUAGUGAUGAGAUCACUGUAUUUUGACAACAACAAAGCUGAUUCUUAAGGAUACACCUGGAGAGCUGGUGCUGAGAUGAUCUGACCAUCAGCACUGACUGACUGCUGAGGGUCGGAUGAAGUUCACAGGUGGGAGCAAAACCCUGGGAACAAACUCCUUUAAUGUCUAACUAUUGCAUGAUUAGACCAAACUUGUGAUGACCAAUAAUAAGGUAUGAUGUACUAUCCAGUGGGCCAAGUAUAUGCGGACACAUGAUUCUAGUUCUGCUGUGUAAAACUAGUAAUUAUCACAAAGACUUGCUCAUCACAGUGGUCUGACUACACAUAAUGUGCCAGGAAGUUUAGAUGGCCAUGGUUCAGGUAAAGGAAGAGUUUGAGAUUUUGGGAAGUAUGUUUGUGAGUUUUUCUGGUGAGAGCUCAGUGUUCAGAUUGGUACCACUCUCAUGUGCAGCCAGUUAGCUUAGCUUAGCACAAAAACUGUACACAGGGGGAAACAUCUGGCCUGGCUCUGUCCAAACGUGACAAAAUCAACCUACCAGCACCUCUAAAGAUCUAAAAUUGUUUAAUCUGUACAAUAACUACUGCUGAGAGGCUGCUAGCUUCAUAUUUACUGUAGUUACAUAAGUGUGGUAUCGAUCUUCUCAUCUAACUCUUUACAAGAAAGCAAAUAAGUGUAUUUCUCAAAAUACCAAACUGUUGUUUUAAUCAAACAUCUCCGUAACUGAACUGACUACAUGUUGUCUGGGAUAACACCUCUUCAGCUUUCCUAAACUAAACUUCUCCCUUUCUGUAAUCCAACCACAAGUGACGUGCCAAAACUUACCAGACACACAUUCCUUUAUAGUGGUGCUAACAGCUAGAUGUAAAUAUCAGAACUUAGUAUCACAGUUGCACUGAUUUCUAUUUUACUUUUUUUUUUUUUAAAUCAAUUUUUGCACAUCUUCAAAAUAUGAAAAAGUAGUCAGGCAACAAACUGUUCAGUAACGUUUGCUGUUAUAGUUUGAGGCCUUGCAUGUUCCUCUGAGAGCAUUUGAGCUGUAAACUCACUGUGUAACAUCUUUGCUGUCACUGGUCUUAGAUUAUCACAGACUGACUUCGACCACAUUAUGUAAUGUAAUAUAAUAUCUGGGUGACACACUGAUAUGAAUUAACAGUCACACUGAAGACAGACUACAACAGGCCGACCUGUUGUAGUCAAGAUAUGGGUCAAGUGAUUAGUUGGAGAUAACAGGCCUCGUAGUGAUUCCGUUGUGAUUUAUAUUUAUCGUGAGUCGCACAAAGUAAGAUUCUCAAGGUUUACUGUGAUUUGAAAGACGUAAAGUCUAAUCUGUGAUUAUCAUAGAGCUAAUGUAACAAUGACAAGUAGAAUUUCCUGAUAUCCUCUGAAUAUGACAGAAUUAACACAUGGGGAUUAAAUAUGUAUAGAUUAUAUAUGCAAAUUUCCAUUUUUAUUUUCAUAUUUUUGAUUUUUAUACUCCUUCAAGCACUAUAUAGGUCACACUUUCAGGUCUUCCCUAAACUCUGGUGGAUAAACAAAAUCUGUUUUAACUUUUAGAAAACAGAGCACUUACUCAGGAAGUAAGCUUUUUUUUUUUUUUUUUAAAUCAGAUGAUCUAUUUUGUAAAAUUCUAUGUGUGUGAAAUCACUAUUAAAGAAGAGACACUAUA